AUGUGUUAUGGGCUGGUUGGCCAGAUGAGAGAUCCCUUGAAGACGAUCGACAGUGAUUACCUGAGUAAGAUGAGAGAUGGCGACACACACUUGAACUUUUUGAAGCAGGGAGCAGCAGAGUUUAUGAAAGGUGAAGUGGUGUCGUUGAACUUUACUAGCUUGUGCAGGUUCCCGCUUUAUGAAACGGACUUUGGGUGGGUAAAGCCCGUGUGGGUCGGAUCGACUAGCCUCCCGUUUAAGAAUUUGGUUGUCUUCAUGGAUACCGAGUCCGGUGGUGGGAUUGAAGCAUGGGUUAAUUUGAAGGAGGAAGACAUGGCCAAGUUCCAAGAGGAUGAGCAGCUGCUGGCAUGUACUUAUCAAGCCCAAGAUGCUAAGAUUUAG